ACUCACAACGGUCUUCUCAUAGAAUAAAAAAAAUAAAUUACUCCCUCUUAUUCUCUCUUUCUGAAAGAUUCAUAACAUUUUUCACAUAUAAAACGUCACACAAAUUCAUUACCAAAUUCACACCGCCAAAUCGAAAUACUUUCAAAGCCAGAUAACAGAGUAUAAGAUGGGGAGUCUGCGUGCGAUUUUAAGGCAUCCUGAUGAUUUGUAUCCCAUGGUGAAGUUGAAGUUGGCGGUGAGAAGUGCGGAGAAACAAAUCCCGGCGGAGCCACACUGGGCGUUUUGUUACUCUAUGCUUCAUAAAGUUUCUAGAAGUUUCGGUCUCGUUAUUCAGCAACUGGACACAGAUCUUCGUGAUGCUGUAUGCAUUUUCUAUUUGGUUCUUAGAGCACUUGACACUGUUGAGGAUGAUACAAGCAUAGCAACAGAGGUUAAAGUACCUAUUCUGAUGGAUUUCCACCGCCAUAUAUAUGACCGUGAAUGGCAUUUUUCGUGUGGUACAAAGGAUUACAAAGUUCUCAUGGACGAGUUCCAUCACGUUUCCACUGCUUUUCUGGAGCUUGGACGCGGUUAUCAGGAGGCAAUUGAGGACAUUACAAUGAAAAUGGGUGCAGGAAUGGCAAAAUUUAUUUGCAAGGAGGUAGAAACAAUAGACGAUUAUGAUGAAUACUGUCAUUAUGUGGCUGGACUUGUUGGAUUAGGGUUGUCUAAACUGUUCCAUGCUUCUGGAAAAGAAGACCUGGCUUCAGAUGAUCUCUCCAAUUCCAUGGGUUUAUUUCUUCAGAAAACAAAUAUUAUCAGAGAUUAUCUGGAGGAUAUUAAUGAGAUACCAAAAUCACGUAUGUUCUGGCCUCGUCAAAUAUGGAGUAAAUAUGUCAACAAACUUGAGGACUUAAAAUAUGAGGAGAAUUCAGUUAAGGCAGUGCAGUGCUUAAAUGACAUGGUCACAAAUGCUUUAACACAUGUAGAAGAUUGCCUGAAAUACAUGUCUGAUUUGCGAGAUCCAGCUAUAUUUCGUUUUUGUGCAAUUCCGCAGAUCAUGGCAAUCGGGACAUUAGCUUUGUGCUACAACAACAUUCAAGUCUUCAGAGGUGUUGUGAAAAUGAGACGCGGUCUGACUGCUAAAGUUAUUGACCGAACUAAAACAAUAUCUGAUGUUUACGGAGCCUUUUAUGAUUUUUCAAGAAUGCUAAAAUCGAAGGCUGAUGACAAUGAUCCCAAUGCUAGAAAGACAAAGGAAUUCUUAGAAACAAUCUUGAAACUUUGCAGGGAUUCUGGAACCUUAAACCAAAGGAAAUCUUACAUCAUCCAGAGCAAGCCCCACUACAGUCCGACUCUGAUCGUUGUCAUUUUCAUCAUAUUGGCUAUUCUUUUAGCAUACCUGUCUGCAGCUCGACCGGCUAAUAUGUGACUUGUAUCUCUGGACUACUUCUAGUUAUCAAAUCAGCUGUAGAAGAUUUGAAUUUCAGUGUAUAGCAUUGGAUCCAAUGAACACAAUUUUAUGUCACACGAAACUUAAGCCGAUGUUUUCUAUUAAAUGGUGCCUGAGCCAUAAUCAGCAUAUUGUAAAGCCAAAUGAAUUUUGGCUGUCCGUCCAAACAUCUAGACGAAACUCAGUUUCGUCGGAGUGCAAAUUACAUGAUGCAGUUGAUAUUUAGUUUUGGAAAAUGAAGCUUCUCAUCCUAAUUAUAGUUGGAUUGCAAUGCAUAUUAGAGGAGAUUCACAAAAUUGUAAGCUUUGCUGUCAGUUUGGAAUUCGAGCUUAUUCCAACUUGUAACGCUUGAAAAAUUGCUGAAUUCAAUCUCGCAGAAUUGCUUGGUGUAAAUCUGAAA